UGAGACAAUAUAUGGUUAACUUUUUAUCACUAUCAGUAAGACCGCAAAAGAUAAUAUCGGGACCCCUCAAUGUCAAAUCUGAGCGAGAGUAAUGCAACUCGACAAGGGAACACAGAAGUCAGUCUGUUCGAGAUACGGAAAUGUCUAAACUUUGUCUACUGACAAUGACUGAUUGUUAUAAUGAAAAAUUCAAGCUACACUGACUGACUUGUAAUUUGUAUUCAUAGGAUCAUUUAUUGGGGUUAUAGAACAUUUCAUUUCACAGACAACUUGAAACCUAUUAACAGAAAUAUACUAAAAAUGUUAAAAAUAUUGUUUCAACACUUUUUUGGGGCACAAGUCUUUUUUAUCCGUGCUGACUUGGCUAUAGAGAGAUUAUACCUAUCAGCAGUUGAUAAUCUUUAUCAGUUAUUCAUAAAAAUACAUAUUUCGACUAAACACGCAGCGUAGGAACGUUGUCGACUAACAUUUUUUUAUGGAAAUGCGAAAUAAAUCAUCGUUACAGAAAGUGUCUAAGAAAGUGAAAAUGAAAAGAAAGUAUUUAAAAUAUAUAGUGUGUGUGUUUGUGGCGUGGUAUUUGUACAAUUAUUUAGGAAUAGGCGACUAUUUACAUGCAUCAAGCUUCGAAACCGAUUUCCAUUAUCCACUCGAUGUAAAUAUCAGAGACCUAGUGGACGACGUGUUAAGAUAUCAAAAUUUCACAGUUCGCCCUAUCAAUCAUUACCCUUACAAUUUCCUCAGCAACUCCGGGAAAUGUACCAAUAUCGAGAAGAUAGACUUAAUGAUCGUGGUCAAAUCGGCGAUGCCUCACUUCGGCCACAGAGACACCAUCAGAAAAACAUACGGCAAUGAGGAUAUACCAGAACGUACUGUGAAGAUCCUUUUCUUCUUAGGAGUCGACGGAAAGCCCAAGUCCGAUGUACAGCGCCAAAUAGACCAGGAGAUGGCAGACUUCCACGACAUCAUUCAGAUGGACUUCAUCGACUACUACUACAACAACACCAUCAAGACGAUGAUGUCGUUCCGCUGGGUAUACGAGCACUGCUCGCACGCCGACUACUACCUGUUUACAGACGACGACAUGUACAUCUCCGUGAACAAACUGCUGGACCACCUCCCCGAUCGGCCCGACACGUCUAGCAAGCUGCAGGAAGACUUGUUGUUCACUGGAUACGUGUUCCACUCGGCUCCGCAGCGGUUUAGAUUCAGCAAGUGGCGUGUGUCAUUGGAGGAGUACCGCUGGGACAGAUGGCCGGACUAUGUGACGGCUGGAGCCUACGUCCUAUCCAACAAAGCUUUGCGGGUCAUGUACAUUGGCAGUUUGUUUGUGAAGCACUUCCGUUUCGACGACAUCUACCUGGGCAUAGUGGCGAAGAAGGUGGGCAUCACGCCAGAGCAUUGCCCACACUUCUAUUUCUACAAGAAAGAUUUCUCACCCGACGCCUACGAGGACGUGAUAGCGUCGCACGGCUACCACGAUCACGAUGAGCUAAUCAGGGUUUGGCACGAGAUGAAUAGCAAAUAUUUUAUAAGAUGAAUCCAUUAUUUGGACCCCACAACACUGAACAAAUAAUUACAUACAGCAUGGAAACAGCAAUAAGAGCUGUAUCAGUACCUACCCGAGUAAAACUGAUGGGUUUUUUUUUAAGAGGGGAAAAUCAUCGAAUGACCGCUUCUGCCUAAGUGAGGCGGGAGGGAGUGUCAGACUC